GACACCGUGCUGUCAUCCUGCGGACACCACAGGUGGGUUUCACCAACACGACAGGCAGCUAUAUGAACGGCUGAUGGAUUUGGCUGUCUCUUCUCUGGAAGCUUUUCUCCUCAGCAAAAGAUGGACGCCGGUGCUCCUGGUGUCCCUCAGUAGGACGGAGUAGCGCUGAGGCCCUCUGGAGAGGCUGUGGAAGGAUGCGCGGCGCCGACAGAGCAAGGCAUUCUGGGACUGAAGCGAGCACCGAGAGCCAUCAAGACGCGGCGGCGGAGCCGUGGGUGCUGAGCAGGAGACACGGGAGAACAGGAAGAGCUCCGACGUCGACACCCACCACCACCAUCAUCACCACCACGGCACACACCCUCCCCAGUAGACACAGACACCGAGCCUGACGUCCUUAUCCAUCCUCAUACACAUACACACACCCCAAGACUUCACAUUCACAACUACUGACUCAACAAGAGACAAGCCAGAGAGGGGUCACACUCACACUCACAACAUGAAUUUCAUAUCCCCGGUCGUGACAUUUCAGAACCUGCACGAGGCGCGGCGCCUGUGCCACUGGGGGCCAAUGGUGGCCCUGUCGGUCAUCGCCAUGUGCUCGUGCGUGGCCAUGCUGGACUCCAUCAUCUGGUACUGGCCCCUGGACUCCACCAGCGGCAGCAUCAACUUCAUCAUGCUGGUCAACUGGACCAUCCUCAUCCUCUACAACUACUUCAACGCCAUGUUCCUGGGGCCCGGCUACAUCCCGCUCGGCUGGAAACCGGAUAAUCUCCAGGAUACGGCCUACCUCCAGUUCUGCAGGCUGUGUCAGGGCUACAAGGCGCCGCGUUCGCACCACUGCCGCAAGUGCAACAGGUGUGUGAUGAAGAUGGACCACCACUGUCCGUGGAUCAACAACUGCUGCGGCCACCAGAACCACGCCUACUUCACCAGCUUCCUGCUGCUCGCCCCGCUGGGCUGCAUCCACGCAGCCUUCAUCUUCAUCAUGACCAUGUACACCGAGCUCUACGACAGAGUGUCAUUUGGGUGGAGCUCUGUGAAGAUCGACAUGAGCGCUGUGAGGCGCGUGCAUCAUCCCAUCAUGCCGUUUGGCGUGGCGGCUUUCGCAGCUACGCUCUUCGCUCUGGGAUUGGCCCUGGGCACAACCAUCGCCGUGGGGAUGCUCUUCGUUAUACAGAUGAAGGUGAUUCUCCGGAACAAGACCUCAAUAGAAGUCUGGAUCGAGGAGAAGGCCCGUGACCGGAUCCAGUACUACCAGACGGGCGAGGAGUUCAUCUUCCCCUACCACCUGGGCAGCCGCUGGGAGAACUUCAAGCAGGUCUUCACCUGGUCCGGCUCACCUGAGGGCAACGGCCUCGAGUGGCCCGUCCACGAAAAAUGCCACCAAUAUACACUUACAAUGGAGCAGCUAAAACAGAAGGCAGACAAGCGUGUGAGGAGCGUGCAAUACCGUGUGGUAGAGGAUUAUAACGGGGCGUGCUGUCCAGUGGCUAAAGGCUUUAACACCUUCCUGCGUACACCCUGCACUGAGGAGCCUCGCAUCACGCUAACCAGAGGAGAGACCAUCUACGCCACACGAGGGACCAAAUGGUGGAUGUAUGGAGACAAAGUCUUAACUAAAGAGCAAACUAUAGCUGGCGACCGCAUCAGAGGCUGGUUUCCACGGCGAUGUGUUGAGAAGUGCCAUUAUGACACGCCCGAGAACUCCACCACGCCAGAGGACAAGAAAGAAAACUGACAACCAAGACACACACACGCACAGGGAUCUCAACCAUGCCAUAGGACAAGGACAACUAAGAGCACACGCGCACGCACACACACACACGCACACACACACCUGCAAAGAUGGUAGGGAGGCUCACACACACGUACUCACACACACACACACACACACACACACACACACACACACACACACACACACACACACACACACACACAGAAGGGGAUCUCAACCAUACCACAGAACAACUGACAACACACACACACACACACACACACACAUUUGUGGUUGAACCAGAACUGUCAAACAGAACUGUAACUCACAGAGUGGGUGUGUGGAGUCUACCAGUGUGCGCUUGGGUUGGACCCAGCCCUGAGUUUAGGAGAAACAUGUUCAGUCAGAAUCACUGUACUGAGUGUAGAGAGCCCAAGUCACUCCUCUCCACACGACCUAAGAUCGAAAAAAAAAUCAAUUGGAGGCCAGUGACUUUCCAUUGACUCCUAUUUGUUGUUUUUUCAAUUUUGGGUCCCUUGCGAGGGCAAGACUUAGGCUCUCUAUUGGGCAGGGGGCAGGGGGGUAUUGUUAGUAGUGGACCUGCUUGCGUUUCCUCCCUCCCUCCUCGGUCUCCAUGUAAACCUGAAUAUGCAACGCCUCUUUCUCCCAGCAGCCUCUGCAGUGCAGCGUCAUCAAGCCACGCCUCCAUACAUUUCCUCCUCCUUCCUUACUCCCGCUUUUUUUCUUUUCUUUUGUACAGCAGAAAAACAGAAAUCCUCUUUAAUUUUUUUAUUAUUUUUCUAAAACAACCAUGUGAUUUUGCCAAAUAUAUUUAGAAAAUAAACAUAUUUGCUCCUGGU